AGGCGGGGUUCUUGUUACGUCAGUGUCAGUGAGUGUUGAUUCAGAAGCAGAACAGAGCGAAGUGAUGAGUACAGACGAAAAUAAAAUAAAAUAUAGUUAUUGAUUUGGGAAUCGGAAACUGAUUAAUUUGUGUUAUUUGAGGAACAAGGUCUAGAGAAGGAUACAAAAUAAAUAUGUACGGUCUAUAUUUAUAAUAGAGCCUUGUUGUUGUUUUGGUUGGGAAACUAAAAAAGUAACGAGUGUAAUUUUGUAUUGAACAUUAUUUAUUUGCAUUUUAGUUCGUUGGAUCCAGAAUUCAUUAUUAAUAUAAUAAUCGUGUUUGCUCGUGUAAGCAGGCGUGUUAUAUUAAGUAAGGGAUUUCCAGGUCCUAAAAUCUGCACUAUACGUACCCAAAGUUGAAUUGGUGGAAGACUUGUGUCCAACCAAAUGCGUGUGAUUAUAUUUUCUGGGUUUUACAAUACCAUGGAAAAAGUAUUAUCAGAACAGGGCUAACAAAAAAAGGAUUUUGCUAAAUCGUGUUACGUCUCUUGACAGUAACUUAGAUCAGCAUAGUGAAAGUGGUGAUUUAAUCUAGGUCUCUCGCACUCGGAUUAAUAUUCACAAUAUAUCGAUAGUGAAUACAUUAAAAAAAUAAAACAUAUAACUUAAACAUUUUUUAUAUUAAAAAGCCAAGAUGCAUUUCUGGUAAAUGAUCUGGAGCCCAAUAGUUGUAUACAUACAUACAACAAUUUCCAUCGUUCUGAAGUGUAGCCUAUACAAACACAAGCGCCAGUUUUUUAGUACUUAAUAAUGGUGGUGAAUACAGUUCACUGGUUCAGAAAGGGCUUGAGGCUCCACGAUAAUCCUUCAUUGAGAGAAUCUAUCCAAGGUGCUGAUAGCAUCCGCUGUGUUUAUAUCCUCGAUCCCUGGUUUGCAGGAUCAUCCAACGUCGGGAUCAACCGAUGGAGAUUUCUACUUCAGUGCCUUGAGGAUCUUGAUGCCAGUCUUCGGAAGUUAAAUUCACGCCUGUUUGUGAUCCGUGGGCAGCCAGCUGAUGUAUUUCCAAGGCUAUUUAAGGAAUGGAAUAUCAAUCGCCUGUCUUUUGAAUACGACUCUGAGCCUUUUGGAAAAGAGAGAGAUGCAGCUAUCAAAAAGCUUGCUUGUGAAGCAGGAGUGGAAGUUAUGGUACAGAUAUCACACACCUUAUAUGACCUGGACAGGAUUAUUGAGUUAAAUGGAGGGCAGCCACCUCUCACAUACAAGCGGUUCCAGACCCUUAUCAGUCGAAUGAAGACUUUGGAAACUCCAGUGGAGUCCAUCACUGUGGAGGUGAUGGGGAAGUGCACGACUCCUGUGUCGGAUGACCAUGAUGACAAAUUUGGUGUCCCUUCCUUAGAGGAACUAGGUUUUGACACAGAAGGUCUGCCCUCAUCAGCUGUUUGGCCAGGUGGAGAAACAGAAGCACUUACACGUCUUGAAAGACAUUUGGAGAGAAAGGCAUGGGUGGCUAACUUUGAAAGACCUCGAAUGAAUGCAAACUCCCUCCUCGCAAGUCCAACAGGAUUAAGCCCGUACCUACGCUUUGGCUGCCUGUCCUGUCACCUCUUCUACUUCAAACUCACAGACUUGUACAAAAAGGUAAAGAAAAACAGUUCCCCACCAUUGUCACUUUAUGGCCAGCUCCUGUGGAGGGAGUUCUUUUACACAGCAGCUACAAGUAACCCUCGGUUUGACAAGAUGGAGGGGAACCCGAUAUGUGUGCAGAUCCCAUGGGACAAGAACCCAGAGGCCCUGGCCAAGUGGGCAGAGGGCAGGACUGGCUUCCCCUGGAUCGACGCCAUCAUGACACAACUGCGGCAAGAAGGCUGGAUCCACCAUUUAGCCCGGCAUGCAGUAGCUUGCUUCCUCACCAGAGGGGAUCUGUGGCUCAGUUGGGAGGAGGGGAUGAAGGUUUUUGAAGAGCUUUUACUGGAUGCUGAUUGGAGUGUGAAUGCUGGCAGCUGGAUGUGGCUGUCCUGCAGCUCCUUUUUCCAGCAGUUCUUUCACUGCUAUUGUCCAGUGGGCUUUGGACGGAGAACCGACCCCAAUGGAGAUUAUAUAAGGCGUUAUUUGCCUGUUCUGAGGGGGUUCCCAGCUAAGUACAUCUAUGAUCCUUGGAAUGCACCUGAAAGUGUUCAGAAGAUAGCCAAAUGUGUCAUAGGAGUACACUACCCUAAGCCCAUGGUAAACCAUGCUGAGGCCAGCCGCCUGAACAUUGAAAGGAUGAAGCAGAUUUACCAGCAGCUGUCAUGUUACAGGGGACUAGGUCUUCUUGCUUCAGUGCCUUCCAACCCCAGUGGCAAUGGGAACGGAGGGAUGAUGGGACUCUCACCAGGAGAGGACAUGCAUGGGGGUAACACUCCAGCUAGUACUCCAGUAGAAGUUGGGAAAGGAAAUGCAGGAAUGCAGCAGCAAGGUAGAAACAAACAUACAACUUUCAUUGAACCACAGCACGGAGGAUUCCAGAUGUCAUCUUGUGGAAGCAGCAUGCUAGCAUAUUCACAAGGAGAUUCUCUGGCAGGGAAUGGCCUGAUGCUGCAAGGCUGUGGACGAGGAAGCAACGUUUUGCGAUACAAACAAGGAGAUGCGCAACAAACGCAAAGUAUCAUCUUACAGCAUGUAGGAAGAAGAGCCCAUUCGAGUGUGUUGACCACAGUGAAGCGCCACAGUCCAGAAGAAACUACACAAGACAUUGGCCCUAAAGUCCAGAGAAAAAGCAGCAACUAGCUUGUACGCAGGCCGAAAUUAACAUUUUAUUUAUUUUAUACUCUGUUUUUUAAAAACGUACAUGAUUGGUUUGGUUUGUCAUUAACUGGAGAAAGUUUAUAUAAAAAUAUAUAUAGAUAUACAGUAGCAGAUGAAAGUACUGGCACCCUACACUUAAUGUAAGAUAAUUAAAGAAAGCAUGUUAAAUACAAGCAUUCAGUGAACAGUAUCCACUAAUUAAUAUGACAAAGACCAAAAUACACAAUUUCUGGUAGUUUAACACAAUCUUUAUAAAAAAAAAAAAGCAUUUCAAGACAAAAGUAUUGGUACCUUUACAUUAAAAGUCUGUAAAAGUGUAAUGUAACUAUUAAAUAUAUUUACUGAUUGAAAACCAUUACACAGUAACUAAGCUGCAUUAUAAAGUCAAUCGCCAGUAAUUAUUUCCAACAUCUGUUGAACGUUUUAGCAGCACAGCAGAUGAUAGAAAAGACAAAGGAGUUCAACAAAAUUCUCUGAUCCAAUGACACUAAAAAUGGGCCACAGUAUGUUUUGGGGGGGGGGGGG